CCUGCGGAGUUGGCGUCUGAGCGCAUAGAGCGGGGUCACCCGCGCCGCUCCACCAUUACCUCCCCGGGCGGCAAGGAGGAGCUGGUGGCGGUCGCCUCCCGGCUGUGGCAGCGGCGGCGGCGCGCCUGCUUGGCGGCCGUCGGCGUGCUCCUGGCCAUGGCACUGGGGCUGCUGAUCGCGGUGCCCCUGCUACUGCAGGCGGCUCCCCCCGGCGCGGCUCACUACGAGAUGUUGGGCACCUGCCGCAUGAUCUGUGACCCGUACAGCGUCGCUCCCGCAGGGGGACCCGCGGGCGCCAAGGCUCCACCACCGGGACCCAGCACUGCUGCCCUGGAAGUUAUGCAGGACCUCAGCGCCAACCCCCCGCCUCCCUUUAUCCAGGGACCAAAGGGUGAUCCAGGGCGACCAGGCAAGCCGGGGCCUCGGGGUCCCCCUGGAGAGCCAGGGCCGCCUGGGCCCAGGGGUCCCCCGGGGGAGAAGGGAGACUCGGGGAGGCCAGGGCUACCCGGACUGCAGUUGACAACCAGCGCGGCCGGUGGCGUUGGAAUGGUGGGUGGCGGAGCCGGGGGCGGUGGCGACACGGAGGGCGAAGUGACCAGUGCGCUGAGCGCCGCCUUCAGCGGUCCCAAGAUCGCCUUCUACGUGGGACUCAAGAGCCCCCAUGAAGGCUAUGAGGUGCUCAAGUUCGACGACGUGGUCACCAAUCUUGGCAAUCACUACGACCCCACCACCGGGAAGUUCAGCUGCCAGGUGCGGGGCAUUUACUUUUUCACUUACCACAUUCUCAUGCGUGGCGGCGACGGAACCAGCAUGUGGGCGGAUCUCUGCAAAAACGGGCAGGUGCGCGCCAGCGCCAUAGCCCAGGAUGCGGACCAGAAUUACGACUAUGCCAGCAACAGCGUGGUACUGCACCUGGAUUCAGGCGAUGAAGUCUAUGUGAAGUUGGACGGCGGGAAGGCUCAUGGGGGCAAUAACAACAAGUACAGCACGUUCUCGGGCUUUCUCCUGUACCCAGAUUAGGGGCGCAGAGAGCGAGGGCGCGAGGUGGGGAGGCUUCAGGCGCCCCAUCCCCACAGGGUUCUCACCGCCAUUCUUUGGUGAAUGUCACUCUGCGACUUCAUGACACUUCCUGACAUCUCCGUUGGAAAAGACACAUCCCUGCUGUCCUACUUGUCCUGCUUCAGGCCUCAGUGUGUCUGAUUCGCCAUGCUGUGGGGAGGCUGUGUCCCUGGUCCCAGUGCCCAUCCCGGGGAGGGAGAGGGAACGCUUGAGUGGGGAGUUGGGUGAGAAUCCCAGCUCCGGCAGGGAGGGGAGGGUGGUGGUUGUGGGGCAGCCCAGACUUGGGAAAGCUGAUUGGACUGGACAGGCAGCCCUAGGGAACCUGAGUUUCCCCAGCUCACUUCUCCCUUCCAGUGUGCCCAGGUCAAGGGCUGCAGGCCUCACCAGGAAGAUAAGACCCAGGCGAACGCCACUCCCUGGGACCUCCCUUUUUGUGACCCGAAAUGCCUGUGCAGAUUUUCCUGUCCAUCAGCCAAAACCCCACCCUUAGCUGAAUUCCAACAAACAGAAUAUUCACCUUGUCACACAUACUCUCCUCUGACUUCCUCCGCCAUGCAUUAAAUUAUGUUUUUAGA